AUGGACUUGCGCAGCACCGCGGCCGGCGCGCUGGACGAGCUGGUGGCGCGCAGCCUGCAGCCGUCCCGGGAGUUCGUGCGCGCAUCGCGGCGUGCUCUGGGCGCACUGAGCACCGGCCUGCGAGAACGCUGGGGGCGCCCCGGAGCCCCGGAGCCCGAGCUGCGGGUGCUGAAAGUCAUCAAGGGAGGCUCCUUUGGCCGGGGCACAGCUCUGAAGGGCGGCUGUGACUUCGAACUUGUCCUCUUCCUGAACUGCUUCAAGAGCUACGAGGACCAGGGUGCCCACCUGGCAGAGAUACUGGUCGAGAUGCGGACAGAGGUGGAAUCUUGGUGGGCGGACCCUGUCCCCGGCCUGAGCCUUGAGUUUCCUGAGCAGGACAAGUCUGAGGUGCUGCAAUUCCGACUGGCAUCCAAGGACCUUGAAAGCUGGAUGGAUGUUACCCUGGUACCUGCCUUUGAUGCCCUGGGACAGCUCCGCUCUGGCAUCAAACCCCAAUCCCAGGUCUUCUCCUCCCUCCUCAGGACUGGCUGCCCGGGGGGCAAGCACGCAGCCUGCUUCUCAGAGCUGCGAAGGGAUUUCAUGAACACCCGGCCAGCCAAGCUCAAGAACCUGGUCCUCCUGGUGAAGCACUGGUACCGCCAGGUCUGCCCACCCCAGGAGAAGAGGACCAAGCUGCCCCCAGCCUAUGCCCUGGAGCUGCUGACCAUCUUUGCCUGGGAGCAGGGCUGCAGGAAGGAUGCUUUCAGCCUGGCCCAAGGCCUCCGAACCGUCCUGGGCCUGAUCCUCCAGUACCAGCACCUCUGCAUCUUCUGGACCGAGUACUAUGGCUUUGAGGACCCAGCAGUUGGGCAGUAUUUGCAGAAACAGCUUAAGAGACCGAGGCCCGUGAUCCUGGACCCUGCCGACCCAACCUGGGAUGUAGGGAAUGGGACAGCCUGGCGGUGGGACGUGCUGGCCAGAGAGGUGGAGGCCUGUGGUGAUUACUCGUGUUUCCUGGAGGCAGCAGGGAGCCCUGUGCAGUCCUGGGAGGGGCCGGGCCUGCCACGUGCUGGGGGCUCAGAAUUGGGUCACCCAAUCCAGAGAGACCCUGACCAGAAGACCUCCGAGGACAGUGUAGAUUCCUGUGUUGUGCACCAUAGAGCAAAGGAUGGGCAGCCCACAUGUCCAGCCCCUCCCAGUCCCUCCCAGAUGGCAGUCAGUGGUGCCUCCUCUACGCCUGAGAGCGUCUCGAAUGUCCCUGAGAGCAUCUCAGAUGUGUCUCAGAUCCCUGCCAAGGAGCUGGACCGCUUCAUCCAGGACCAUUUGAAGCCAAGCCCCCAGUUCCAGGAGCAGGUGAGCAAGGCCAUCGACAGCAUCUUGCGCUGCCUCCGUGAGAACUGUGUCCACAAGCCCUCCAGAGUCAGCAAGGGGGGCUCUUUCGGCCGAGGCACAGCCCUAAGGGAUGGUUGUGAUGUCGAACUCGUCAUCUUCCUCAACUGUUUCAAGAACUACCAAGACCAAGGGGCCCACCAUGCAGAGAUCUUUGAUGACAUGCGAGCUCGGCUGGAAUCCUGGAGCCAGGACCCAGCCAACAGCCUGAGCCUCAGGUUCAAACAGAAUGGGCCUGGGAUGCUCCAGUUCCACCUCACGUCCACGACCCUGGAAAGCCAAAUGGACAUAAGCCUGCGGCCUGCCUUUGAUGCCUUAGGGAAGCUCGGCUCCGGCACCAAACCCCAGCCCCAGGUCUUCUCCACCCUCCUCGGCACCAGCUGCCGGGGAGGCGAGCACGCUGCCUGCUUUGCAGAGCUGCGCAGGAACUUCGUGAACACUCGGCCCGCCAAGCUGAAGAACCUGAUCCUCCUGGUGAAGCACUGGUACCGCCAGGUUGCCCCUAAGGUCAGAGGAGGACCAGCCUGUGCCGCUCUGCCCCCAGUCUACGCCCUCGAGCUGCUGACCAUCUACGCCUGGGAGCAGGGCGGCGGCAAGGACAACUUCAACAUGGCCCAGGGCUUCCGGACAGUCCUGGGCCUUGUCCAGCAGCACCAGCAGCUCUGUGUCUACUGGACGGUCAACUACAGCCCUGAGGACUCGGCUCUCAGAACGCACCUGCACGGGCAGCUCCGGAAACCCAGACCUCUGGUCCUGGACCCUGCUGACCCCACCUGGAAUGUGGGUCAGGGUGACUGGGAGCUGCUGGCCCGGGAAGCGACAGCUCUGGGGACAGGGGCCUGUUUUGUGAGUGGAGACGGGACAGCAGUGCUGCCCUGGGAUGUGAUGCCCGCCCUCCUUCACCAGACCCCAGCCGCAGACCUGGACAAGUUUAUCUGUGAGUUCCUGCAGCCCACCCGCCAGUUCCUGGCCCAGGUGAACAAGGCCGUCAACACCAUCUGCUCCUUCCUGAGAGAGAACUGCUUCCAGAACUCGGACAUCAAAGUGCUCAAGGUGGUCAAGGGCGGCUCUUCAGCUAAAGGCACAGCUCUGCGGGGCCGCUCGGACGCCGACCUGGUGGUCUUCCUCAGCUGCUUCCAACAGUUCACCGAGCAGGGGAACAGGCGGGCGGAGAUCAUCUCCGAGAUCCGAGCCCAGCUCGAGGCCUGCCAGCAGGAGCAGCAGUUCGAGGUGAAGUUUGAGAUCUCCAAGUGGGAGAACCCACGGGUGCUGAGCUUCUCGCUGGUGUCCCAGACGACGCCGGACCAGAGCGUGGACUUCGACGUGCUGCCGGCCUUCAAUGCCCUAGGCCAGCUGGGCUCCGGCCGCCGGCCCAGCCCGCAGGUCUACGUGGACCUCAUCCGCACCUACCACAACGCAGGCGAGUACUCCACCUGCUUCACGGAGCUGCAGCGGGACUUCAUCUGCUCGCGCCCCACCAAGCUGAAGAGUCUGAUCCGGCUGGUGAAGCACUGGUACCGCCAGUGCAACAGGAUGCCCAAGGGCAAGGGCUCCCUACCCCCGCAGCACGGGCUCGAACUCCUGACCGUGUACGCCUGGGAGCAGGGCAAGCAGGGGCCCCAGUUCAGCAUGGCUGAGGGCUUCCGCACGGUGCUAGAACUGGUUGGUCAGUACCGUCAGCUCUGCGUCUACUGGACAGUCAACUAUGACGCCGAGCACAAGGUCAUUGGAGACUUCCUGAAGCAGCAGCUGCAGAAGCCCAGGCCCAUCAUCCUGGAUCCAGCUGACCCGACAGGCAACCUGGGCCCCAAUGCCCGCUGGGACCUGCUGGCCAAGGAAGCUGCAGCCUACACAUCCGCCCUGUGCUGCACGGGCAGGGACGGCACCCCCAUCCAGCCCUGGCCUGUGAAGCUGGCCAAGGGGUCUACAGGCAGGGCUCUCCUGAGACCAGGCCCGUGUCCCCAGCUCUUGGUGCUGAACCAACAGGAGGGCACCGUGGGCAUGAUCGAGUCUUCUUAA